UCAUCCACGUGGUAGUAUGCAUACAUAAUUUGUUCCUUUUUUAUUGUUGAAUAGUAUUCCAUUGUAUGAAAAGAGCAUAUUUUGUCUACCCAUUCACGUGUUGGCGAACAUUUGGGUUGUUUCCAAUUGGGCUAUUAUGAGUAAUGCUGCUAAGAACAUUCCUAAGCAAGUCUUUGUGUGGAUACGUUUCCACUUCUCUUAGAUUGAUAUGUAAUGGUGAAACUGCUGGAUCACACAGUAAAUUUAUGUUCAACAUUUUAAGAAACUGCCAAACUGUUCUCCAAAGUGGCUACACCAUUUUACAUUCCCACCAGCAAAGCGUGAAGGUUCUCACUUCUCCACAUUUCCCUCCAAACUUUGUUAUUACCUGUAUGCUAAAAUAUAGACAUGCAAUGAAAAACAACCCCCCCCCGCCACACACACACAAUAAAAAGUUUUAAGAUGUUCAGGGAGGAGGCUACGGCUUUUGAGAGGUAAAACGGUCUCUCUUAAAAAAAAAAACUGACUGCAGUCCUCCAGCCAGCAGAGGGCGUUCCAAGCCAGAGUCUCUCCUCCUAGCCUUUCACAGCGCCAUCUUGGCGAGAUCCCCGUUGCUAGGAGACGGAGAUGCGUUUGGCUCCAGACCCCCAGCCUCGCUGCUAUCCCAGGCGCUCUCUCUUGUGGAAGGGCUAAGAUCUAAGGUCGCGCUACCAUCCAGGGGCAGUUCCGUAAGGCCCUUUUCUGGGGCGUUUUCCUCCUAUUUCUUCUAAAGCUGAACAAAGCAGACUGAGGAUCCUUGCCUAGAUCCACGCUCCCCCGCCCCCAGCUAUGCCUAAGAAAGGGAAAAAGGCCAAGUUGCCCCUGUCCGAUGAGGAGCAGCUGCUUCUGUUUCAGCAGAAGUUGCUGGCAGAGGAGGAGAUGGCCAAGAAGAAAGAGAGGCUCCUGAGCCAGUUCUUGAAGGACAAGCUGGCCAAGGAGGAGCACAAUAGUGCUCUGAACCUUAACAAGAUUAACACACAGUGGAGAACCGUCCUUAGGGAGGUCAAGACCAGAGAGCUUCAUAAGGACAUUGAGAUCCUCAGCCAAACAUUUGAACGAGUGGUGGACUGCAAGGACAGUGUCAUCAAGUCUUUAGCCAAGGACCUGUCAGAGGCAGAGGAGCAGUACGCCCACGCCCUGCGCGGCCACCUGCACAGCAUUGACCAGCUCUUAGCCCUGCAGAGACGCCGGCUCAACCUCCUAGAGGAGAGUUACAACACAGAGCUGGAGGCCCUAACCAAAGAGUUUGAGACAGAAAGGAAGACAAUUAUUGACCAGCAUGAAAAAGAGAUUCACUACCUACAAGAUGUCUUCAUGGCCAUGGAGCAGAACUAUAUAGAUGCUGAGUAUGAAAGUAAGCUGGAGUUCCAGAGCUUGUGGGAUGAUCUCAAAAACAAGAAUUUAGAAGAGAAGCAUUUUCUAAGACUGCAACUGGAGAACACAGUAGAAGAUCUGUGGAGAAGGUUCCAGGAUGCACUCAAGAAUUACACUGAUGCCACAGAGGACCAAAAGAUUGCCUUUGAGACUCUGCAGGUGAAAGAUGAGAAGAGCUCCAAAGAGAUUGAAGCACAGAUGAAAAAAAUACAGAGACUACAGGACUCCAUAAUGACUUUAAAAAGCAAGAUCAUGGUGCACAGCCGUGAGAGUGAAGACCAGAACCAGUACAUUCGUAAGGACAAGGAGCUGGUCCUUGCCCAACUGCGAAAACUUAAGGCCCAAAGGACUCAGGCCCGGGAACUAUCCCAGGAAAACUUAGUCAAACUCACCAUGGAAAGUAAUGCCACCCUCAAGGCCCUGAGAAGGAUCGUUGAUAAGGGUGAAAAGAUACUGAAACUUGCUGAAAUAUGUAGGAAGUUUGAAACAGAGGAAGAAAAAGUGCUGCCUUUCUAUUCAUCAGUCUUGACUCCCAAGGAGCAGGAGGAGAUAGAAGAAAUUUACCCAGAGGAGCUUACUGAACAGCUUGCAAAGGUGAUAGUAAACUACACAGGGAUGGAGAAUUUCUGGAAAAGGUACAACAAAGUGAAACUGGAGCAACUGAGCCUCCAACACAGACAUGUCCAGUUGUUAGAAAUCAAUGGGAAGUUGCGGGAGAUGCUGAAGCAGUACUUGGAUGGCAUCUCAGUGAGUGACGAAGUGAUGAGCCAGCUCAACCCACUCUUUAUCGUCAACCAUCGAAGUAACUUACCCCAGCCUUUGUCCACACCUACCACCCAGCCAGGUGACAAACCACCUCCAACUACUUACAACAUCACUGAAGCAGCCCAUGUGAUCUCCCACAUCCUGUGAUAGAAGGAGAAAAUCGCUUUUCAAACCCCAAACGAUUUUUUGAGAGACCGGAGGACUUUGCUAUUAAAAAUUUCCAUGAGG